AUGCAACCCAUCAUUUUAGUUAAUGCCUAUUUCAAUUCUCUGAUUUCUAAAGAUUCAAAAAUAUCAGAAUUUAUUGAUGAAAUUGAAACAUACCUAGGAGUUCCAUCAUUAUACAAAUUUACCAAAAAACAAGAAGAUGAGAUAAAUGUUCCUGAAUCAGGUCCUGAUGAUGUGGUGUCAUCAUUGCUUAAAAUUGGUGUGAUAUCUUACCUGGAUUGUGAAUGUCCUGAUUUCAAUUUGAGAGAAGGUAGAGUUGUUGGGUUUACCUCACCCAUAAACAGAUUAUUAUCAUUUUUUCAAAGAUAUGCUCCAAUGAAAGAACCAUUGAGAGGUGAAUUUAGUUUACAUGACUUGACCAAAGAAGCUUUAUCCAGAAUUGAUCCUAAGACAUUGAAAAACAGUUUGGGUCAAUCUAAGAAUGGAAAAAAAUUGCUGGAGAGGGUGUGUCAAAUGGAACUAUAUAGAGCAAUAUAUAGCUUCCUACCUUCUGAAAUUCAUCUCUCACCAGAUGUUGGACAUCUAUUCUUGACAGAUGGGUUGGUUGAUUUUUACAUCAAUGAGAAACAAUGGGCAAUCGAGUUGCUCAUUAAUGGUGAUAAAAUGAAAAAACACUACGAUCAUUUCGAGGAUGAUACCAAAGAUCAUGAAAAACAUAUAUUCAAAUUAAUAGAUGAUUUUCAGAAUAAGGAGACCAUAAAUUUAAAAAACAAUUUAAAUAUUGUAAAGAAAAUUUCAAAAACUAUUCAUGUAAUUGAUGUUCAUGAUAAAGAAGAUUUAGAAAAUUCUUACCCAGUGGAUAUUGUUAGUGUUAAUGUUGAUAUAAAAAGGUAUAGAAAAAAAAACAAACAAAUUAAUAAUAAUAAUAAAUCAUCAGAAAAGAAAUCUGAUAAUAGUGUUAGUGAUGAACUAGAAAAUUACAAAGAAGUUGACUCAAAAAGUUUACUAUUAAAAAUUGAAGAAUCCAUUGAAGGAUUGUGCCAUGAGGAAAUUCGUAGAAAAACUCUUUAA